AUGACAGAUGGAUUGAUAAGAUUAAUUGAAUCAGCUACUACAUUUAAUAUAACAUUAAAUAUUAUUGGACUUGGUGAAAAAUGGGAAGGUGGUAAUAUGGAGAUUGGAGAAGGUGGAGGACAUAAAAUACAUUUAUUUAAAAAUGAAAUGGAAAAAUAUAAAGAUAGAGAUGACUUAGUUGUUGUAUUUAUGGAUGCUUAUGAUGUACUUUUUACAAGUUCUUCUAAUAAAAUUUUGAUAUCUUUUCUUUAUGAAUAUAAAGAUAAUCGUGUUCUUUUUUCUGCUGAAGGUUUUUGUUGGCCUGACAAGUCACUUGUAACAAAAUAUCCUCUUGUUAAAUUUGGUAAACGUUUUCUUAACUCUGGUUUAUAUAUGGGAUAUGCAAAUGAUAUAUAUGAAAUAUUAAACUAUGGAAAAGAUAUAAAGAAUAUAGAUGAUGAUCAAUUAUUUUUUACUAAAAUAUAUUUAGAUGAAAGUUUACGUAAUAAACAUAAAAUAACUCUCGAUUCAAUGUCUUUUAUCUUUCAAAAUCUUAAUGGUGUUAAAGAAGAUAUAUAUAUAGAAUAUAAUGAUGAUGGUAAAGCAUUAAUAAAUAAUAUUAUAUAUAAUACUCAUCCAAUAUUAAUUCAUGGUAAUGGACCAAGUAAAAUACAUUUAAAUUCAUUAUCAAAUUAUAUACCAGAAAAACAAUCUAAUAAAGAUGGAUGUUUAUAUUGUAAAGAACUUACAUUAAAUAAUCAAGAAAUAUUUUUACCAUCAUUAAGUGUUGGACUUUUUAUAUAUAAACCAAUACCAUUUAUAGAAGAAUUUUUACAAUCAUUUGCCAAUAUAUUAUAUGAUAAGAAUUUAAUAGAUUUAUUAAUUUUUAAUAAUCAGGAUUAUAAUGAAAAUGAUAUUACAAAAUUUAUUAAUAAAUAUAAAAAAGAUUACAAAUCUAUUACUGUUAUAAAUGAAGAUUAUACUAAAAAUGAAAGAGAUGUAAGAGAUGAAAGUAUAAAAUGGGCUUUGGAAUUAGAAAAUGAUUAUUUAUUUAUGUUAGAUGGUGAUGUUCAUAUAACAAAUAGAAAUAUAUUAAAAGAUUUAAUAUAUAAAUCAGAGAAAAAAAAUUAUGGAAUUUUAUCACCAUUAAUGACUCAAAUAGGAAAAUUAUUUUCAAAUUUUUGGGGUGCAAUUAAUAAUGAUGGUUAUUAUGCACGAUCUGAAAAUUAUAUGGGUAUUGUUAAUUAUGAAUAUAUUGGUGUAUGGAAUGUACCAUUUAUUAGUUCUGCUAUUUUAAUAAAAAAAAAUUAUUUAAAUAAAAUUAGUAAAGCAUUUAGUGGAUAUAAAAAUCUUGAUCCAGAUAUGUCAUUUUGUGCUUAUCUAAGAGAUAAAGGAAUAUUUAUGUAUAUUGUUAAUACUGAAAAAUAUGGUUUUUUGGUUGAAAGUGAUGAUUUCAAAACAUAUGGUGAAAGAAAACAUCCAGAAUUAUAUACAAUAUUUUCAAAUAGAAAAUUAUGGGAAAAAAGAUAUGUACAUCCUGAAUAUUAUCAAUAUCUUAAACCUGAUAUUGAAGUACCUCAACCAUGUAAUGAUGUUUAUGAUUAUCCAUUGGUAUCAGAAAGAUUUUGUAGUGAUCUUAUUGAAGAAAUGGAAUAUUUUGGAGAAUGGUCUAAUGGUGGACAUGAAGAUAAAAGAUUACAAGGUGGUUAUGAAAAUGUUCCUACAAGAGAUAUUCAUAUGAAUCAAAUUGAAUUUGAAAAACAAUGGUUGUAUUUUCUUGAUGAAUUUGUCAGACCAAUGCAAGAAAAAGUAUUCAUUGGUUAUUACCAUGUACCAAUCGAGUCAAAUAUGAUGUUUGUUGUUAGAUAUCGACCAGAUGAACAACCAUCAUUACGUCCUCAUCAUGAUGCAUCAACAUUUAGUAUUGAUAUUGCUUUAAAUAAAGCUGGUGUUGAUUAUGAAGGUGGUGGUGUACGUUAUAUUAGACAAAAUUGUACAGUUCACGCUGAUCAAGUUGGUUGGACAAUGAUGUUUCCAGGACGUUUAACUCAUAUGCAUGAAGGUUUACCAACAACUAAAGGUACACGCUACAUUUUAGUAUCUUUCAUUAAUCCAUAA